GAACCGAAGAAGCGCACAACCAAGAUGGCGACGCGACGAGCGGACAGAUCCUCCGGUGUUAUUUCCUCUGUGCUUCUCCAAUUUCUACUUUACCUCUCUGCAUUCUACAGCCUCUUCUACUUCCUUUCCAGCCUCUGUAUGAUCAUCUACAAAAGUCAGAUGUUGAGUUACCCUGACAAAUAUUUGGCACUAGAUGUGUGCUUGCUCCUGCUGAUGGCAGCAUUUGAGAUCUUGAGAGUCUAUUGGGGAGUGAGAGGCAACCUGCAGGAGAGUGAGAGAUAUGUAGGUGCAAGUCUCCUCCUCACAGGAGCCACAGUUCUGCUCUCAGUGUACUACCUGGUGUGGCAGUCGUACAUGCUAAGAGCUGAUGUCAUCAUUAACGCCAUCCUGCUCUGCAUCUAUGGCCUCUCUGUAGUAGCCAGCUUCGGAGUGCUUGCACGAUUCACCAGUGUUUACUCAUGACACACAAGGUCUGCUGAUGGUCUAAAUCUGUGUCUUCUGCUGCACUUCCUCUGAGUUAUGGACAUCAUACUCCCUACUGCACCAGUGAAGCUCCUCUGUCUCAG